GUCGACGACACCAAUCAGUUCGCAAAGAUGGGUAUUUCUGAGAAGAUUGCCGAGAUAGAGGCCGAAAUGGCGCGGACGCAAAAGAACAAGGCCACAGAGUACCAUCUCGGACUGCUCAAGGCCAAGCUAGCACGCUAUAGACAGCAGCUCCUCGAGCCGACAACCAAGAGUGGCAAAGCAGGCGACGGAUUCGACGUGCGCAUGUCAGGCGACGCUCGAGUUGCGCUCAUUGGCUUUCCCUCCGUCGGCAAGUCUACGCUGCUCAGCAAGACAACAAAGACGGCCUCCUCCGUCGCUGCAUACGAAUACACUACCUUGACGGCCAUUCCGGGCGUGCUCGAAUUACACGGCGCGAGAGUACAGCUGCUCGACUUGCCGGGCAUCAUCGAAGGCGCAUCUCAGGGCAGAGGAAGAGGACGGCAGGUUGUCGCAGUAGCAAAGACGGCAGAUCUUAUUCUCAUGAUGCUCGACGUGACGAAAGCACAAGAUCAACGCAAGCUGCUCGAGGUCGAACUCGAAGCGGUCGGUAUCCGCCUCAAUCGAUCCCGUCCAGAUGUCGUCUUCAAGCAGAAGAAAGCCGGCGGCAUCACGAUCAACGCGACAGUACCACUCACCAAGAUUGACGACAAGACGAUGAGGACGAUCCUGCAAGGCUACAAGAUGCACAAUAUGGACGUCAUGAUCCGCGAGGACAUCACUGUUGACGAAUACAUCGAUGUCUUGCUCGGCAAUCGCAAAUAUGUCAACUGCAUCUAUUGCUACAACAAAAUUGAUUCCAUCUCGCUGGAAGAGGUUGACAGGAUAGCCCGACAGCCCAAGAGUGUCGUGAUUUCUUGCGAGCUCGACUUGAAUCUCGACGUGCUGCUCGAGCGGAUAUGGCAGGAGCUCAAUAUGGAUCGGAUCUACACCAAGCGGAGGGGCAAUCGACCUGAUCUAGGCGAUCCACUGGUGGUGCGCGCGGGGGCGACGGUCGAGCAAGUCUGUCAGGAGAUUCAUCGCGGUCUGGCCCAGCACUUCAAGUAUUGCCUCGUCUGGGGCAAGUCAAGCCGCUUCAAUCCCCAACCACAGAAAGUGGGCUUGUCACAUGUCGUCGCUGGUGACGAUGUCGUCUCAAUCUUCACAAAGUGAAAAUCCGGUCUCGAUUGUCAUCGAGAGCGGCUCUGCGCAUGCCUUGCGGCGUCGCUCAUAGAUCAUUGUGCAAUGUUGUGAUACUCCAUGUGUACUCUUCUAAGGAGUUUGGGCCUCAGGACAUCUUGCGCUGAGCGUCUUCCUUCAUCUUUUGAGCAUCGGCGCCGACCUUCUUGGCUUCCGCCUUGGCCUGGCUCGUCACAUCGCUGGCAGCAUCGGAGAUCGUGCUACCGGCAGACUUGGCAUUCGCCUUUGCGCCCUCGGCAUUGCUCCUGCACGCCAGACGGUCAGGCCAGGAACUCAAUGCGCGAGAAGCCAGACUUGCUCGCCGGAGACCUUGUCCAAGCCGGCUGCAGCAGCCUGACCUACGCUCUUGUUGACCUAUCACGGCC